UUCGUAGGGUAGUCACCUAAAGGCUAAGGUUAUUAAUAUUUACGUGAAUAUUUAUUAAUUUAUGUUUUUUUUUAAAUUUAUUAAUUUAAAUUUUCGCUAUAUCAAUUAAAAAGUGUUAAUUACUUGUUAUAGUUAAAGUUGUAAUGUGUGAAAAAUAAAUUAUUAUCGGAAUUUGGAGUAAACGGAUUUAUUGGUACUGAAACAAAAUGAAUUCCAUUCUAGUGCAGAUUUUAGUGGCUUUUUUACUUUCCAUGCCAAGUUUCAUGAUAGCUAUUGGCAACACAUGGACUUCCUACGCACUACUAAUGCUAGAAAGCGAAGACUCACCAAUAGGAUAUAGAAUAACAAAAAAUGAUGGAAAUCUCAUAUCUUCCAUUAUUAUGCUGGGGUCCCUAUCAGCUAUUUUAGUUGUGGGAUACAUUGCCGAUAAAAUCGGUAGAAAACGCACGGCAAUACUAAGUGGACUCUGUUAUGCACUAUCAUGGUCAAUAAUCGCGACAGCCAAAUCGGUAACACAAAUUCUGAUCGGUCGAUUCGUGAUCGGCAUGGGAACAGGGCUGCAUAUCGUAACAGGAGUUGUUUACGUGGGAGAAAUCAGUCAGACUUCCAUACGAGGAUCUCUGCUCACAAUGAUGACUUUUAUGUACAAUGUUGGUACCCUGAUCUCGUACCUUGAAGGAUGGUUCUGCAGUUACCCAGUUAUUAACUACCUGAAUCUGAGUAUAGCUGUUGGGUAUAUACUGCUACUGUUUAUACUCAAAGAAACUCCUGUAUAUUUGUUGCGAUUAGGGAGAGAGAAGGAAGCUAUAAAAUCACUCAAAUUUUACCGCGGAGUAUCGAUAGUAACGCAAGAAAUUUUAGACGAAAUUGUUUAUUUGAAGAGCCAGCUAUCGAGUGACAAUGAAAAUAAUAUCGACGAUACCGAUAUAAACUCCGCCGUUUUAGAAAAAGAACAAUUAAAUCAGGAAAAUGAAACUACGAACGAUGGUAUUACAGAGCAAAAAAGUGCUUGGAGUAUAUUACGCACCACAAAGUCAGCCCAACGAGCUCUCGUAUUACUCGUAAUAGGAAUGGACCUAUCAGUAUGUAUGGGCAUGAUAGCGGUCCAGGCGUAUGCUGGACAGUUCUUCGCUCAAGCAGCGCCGAGUAUUUCACCACAUCUCUGUUCUGUUAUCCUGGCAAUUGUUGUGUGUUUCGUCAGCGGGCUCUCUGUAUUCUUAGUUGAUUUAAUUCCUAGAAGGAUUUUAAUGGUGACCACAUGCAGCAUGGCAGGUGGCUGCAUGGCUUGCCUAGCCACUAUGUUACAUUGGACGUGGGCACCUGAGUGGGGAAUACCACUUGUGAUGGUGUUCUAUUGCAUUUCUUUCCAUCUCGGGACCAUCAAUAUUCCGUUUAUACAGAUUGCGGAAACUCUUCCACCACAGAUGAACAGUUUCGGCACCGGUGUUGUGAUGUGCUCCAUGUUCGUGGCGAAUUUCGCAGUAUUAUUUGUCUUCAAGCCCGCUGAGGACAGCCUCGGUUUAGAUGGAGUAUUCUUACUAUUUUCCAUCAUUAGUUUCAUGACUGCAUUGAUAUCGUUUUUGACAAUGAGAGAAACAAGAAAGGUGCCCUUCGAAAUUGUGCAAAAGAUGUUUGAAAAUGGAUACUUGUAUAAACGACAAAAAUAUUGAACAAGUGAUAAAUAAAUGUGAUUAUUAUUUAUUUUUUAAA